UCCUCGCGGGUCCCGGGCUCCGUGUGGCCCCGUCACCCGAGGUCGUCCCCUGGGCCCUCCUGUCUCCCUGGGCGCCCGCCCGCGGGGCGGGAGGUGGGGCUCCGGGGUGUUUACCUGGCAGGAGGAAGCCCAGGAGGGAGGCGGGAGGGGCGGGGUGCGCGCGGCCUCGGAGCUGCGCCGUCAGUCUCCGCCGUGCGCCGCUGAGGACGAGCCUCCGGCCCUGGCGGCCCGCGUCCCCGACCCGGAAGGCGGCGCCAAAGGCCCCGGGACCCCGCGCUUGGGGCCCGGGCAGCGGGGAGGCGGCCUGGAGCCCGCGGAGCCCUCGGCCUGGGAGCGGCGAGCGCAGCGAGCCUCUGCAGUUGACUCGGUGCGGGAUGGGGAACCACGCGGGGAAGCGGGAGAUCUGCGCUGAGAAGGCCCAUAAGGAGGGCGAAGCCCCCAGAGCGGAGUCUGAGAAAAAGAGGAACCUCCGCGAACUCUCCCGGGAGCCCUCGGGGGACAGCGACGUGUUUGGAGAGGCAGAUGUGGGCCAGAACAAUGGGCCCUGCUCUCGGGACACAGCGGUGACAGACUCCAAGCGCACAGCGGACCCAAAGAAUGCCUGGCCGGACGCCAACCCAGCUGACCCUGGCGGCCGCCCCCACUUGGUCCGCCUCUUCUCCCGAGAUGCCCCGGGGAGGGAGGACAACACCUUCAAAGACAGGCCCUCAGAGUCAGACGAGCUCCAGACCAUCCAAGAGGACAGUGCAGCCGCUCCCGAGGGCCUGGAUGCGAUGGCGUCACAGAAAAGACCCUCCCAGAGGCACGGAUCCAAGUACCUGGCCUCCGCCAGCACCAUGGACCACGCCAAGCACGCCUUCCUCCCGAAGCACAGAGACACGGGCUUCUUCGACUCCCUGGGGCGCUUCUUUGGAGGUGACAGGGGUGUGCCCAAGCGGGGCUCGGGCAAGGUACCCUGGCUCAAGCAGGGCCGGAGCCCUCUGCCCCCUCAUGCCCGCAGCCAGCCCGGGCUGUGCAACAUGUACAAGGAUGCUCACCACGCAGCCAGAACCACCCACUACGGCUCCCUGCCCCAGAAGUCACAGCACGGCCGGCCCCAAGAUGAGAAUCGCGUAGUCCACUUCUUCAAAAACCUUGUGACGCCUCGCACACCUCCUCCGUCACAAGGCAAGGGGCGAGGAAAGUCCCUCAGCAGAUUCAGCUGGGGAGCCGAGGGGCAGAAGCCUGGAUUUGGCUACGGAAGCAGAGCUGCCGACUACAAAUCUGCUCACAAGGGACUGAAGGGCCAGGACACCCAGAGCACGCUUUCCAAAUUCUUCAAACUGGGCGGAAGAGACAGCCGCUCUGGAUCGCCCAUGGCCAGACGCUGAGCCCGACUCCUGUUUGCGAAUCCUGUCCUGGCUUCUUAAUAAUCCCGCCCUAGGAUUUUAACACUGUCGCAUCCAGUCCACCCCUCAUUCUAGACACGACCUCUCGCUAGUGCCUUGGCCCGUGCGCACGGUCAGGUCAGGCACACCGCAUCCUACUGGCAGUUUCCGGCCCUCGGCUGCAUGGAAAACACAAACACAAAACAGUUCAACUGUUCCUACUCUAUGUCUGAAGACAAAGUGUCCUGGAGUCUCAUUCCGCAGCGAUGCGCCAGGCGCCCUGGAGCCCGAGCCCUGCGGCGCCGGCCUCGUCCCACUGACCCUCCGUCCUUGGACUUGCUUUGCACGCUGACCCACCCCCCGGCUUCGGGCACUGCUGGGAGGCACUGCUGUGACACAGGACACGUGCGGGUGGUGGGACUGUGGCCACGCUUCCUCCAGUUCCUGUCCCUUGCCCUGACUCACCUCCUAAGGCCCCUUCACCUCCUAACAGGACUAGGCAGCAGGAGUGGCGUCACCCCCGCGGGAGCUUUGGUACGUGGAUGCCGGUGGGCAGCUUGGAAGAGAGCAGAGUGAUGGGUACAGAGGCCCCGUGGGCUGCUCCCACGCCAGAGGGGCAGACCGACCUCGUGUGUGAUGGAGAGGGGAAGGAGGCAAAAGGGCCGGGCAGUAGCCUGGGGCAGGAAACAGGCGAGGACAUAGCAGGGACCAGAGUGGCCCCUACAGAGCCCUGUUUCGUCACCAGAGCCCGGCUGAGAGCUCGGGGAGACCUGCACAGAGAAAGUGGACUGUAGGAGAUUUUGGGGUGGCCGCACAGUGUCACCCUGGUCACUGGAAAGCCGACCGUGACAGGUGGCAUGCUCAGCAUGGCAGUGCACAUUGCAAACACUAACCUUGUAGAAGAAUAACCCUCCGUGUGCUUGCAUCCAGGGAGUGAAUGUGCUGUGUGACUAGACUUAGUAGGGCCCUGAACCUACCCCCACCCGGGCCCCUGAUCCUGCCCUUGCCCCUGAUGCUGCCCCUGCCUCUGACCCUGAACUUAAUCCUGCCCCUGCCCCUGCCCCUAACCCUGAUCUUGCCCCUGACCCUGAUCCUGACCCUGACCUAUGGUUGGGCCUGGCUACUGAGGCUAGAAAAGCUGUCUUCUGCACAGUACCCUUCUAAUGUGAGCAGACACCCCCUGCCCCUCCAUAAUGUACUGAUUGUGCCUCUUGAGUUUUAGUGCCUCUUCUCAGCCUUCCCUCCAGACCCCCUGCAGCCUCCUUCUCCUCUAGAAUGAAGAUGAGGAGUGGCCUCCGUAGGGCCCCUCUAAUCCCAUCUAAUCCUGAAUGUUGAGUGUGGGUUUAUAUAAUGUCUAUUAACUCAUAGCCUCAGUGAUGAGAAGGUAACAAAAAAAAAACACCCAAAAAACAAAACAAAAAAACCUUUGGGAAACAAAACCUCCAAUUGCUCAGCCUGAGUGGUCUGCGUGAGCUGAUGUUGGUGAGUCCCAUGCAGAUGACCCCUGACAGCAGCCAUGGCUGUCACGGGGAGAACACACUGUUCUUGAAUAGUGACAUAAAUAAACUUUUAAUGAUA